UAUAAGGUAUUCUCACCAUGAGGUUUCUGGCAGGGAUCGCGUUGAUCCUAAACCUUGGGCAAAUCUUUUUAGGGGAAUCCGUGAAUCAUAAAAGGUUUCUCUUCACAAAACCAUCGCUGAAACCGCCCCUGGCAAUACAACAGCCGACUUACAAAGCCGCUGUGUACAACCACAAACUGGUGUCCCCAGGCAACGUGAAGUCCAGGACAGAAGCUCUGGCGGUGAUGAACAAAAACUUGGACAUCUACGAGAAGCAAGCUGCUAAGGCAGGAUCACAGGGCGUCGACAUCUUGGUGUUUCCUGAAGAUGGGUUGUAUGGUGGGGCAAUCUCGAAAAGGAUAAAUAUGUACCUGUUCCUAGAAUCGGUUCCAGAUCCAAAGGAGGUCAUUUGGAACCCUUGCGUUGAGAAGAACCGGUUUGCCAACACCGAGGUUCAGCAUCGGUUGAGUUGUAUGGCCAGAAAAAACUCGCUGUACAUCGUGGCCAAUAUGGGAGAUGUUCACCACUGUAGUAGAGCCUCGGAUACAUCAUGUCCUCGAGAUGGUCGAUACCAGUACAACACAGACGUCGUCUUCAACCCACACGGUACCUUGAUCGUCCGCUACCACAAACUAAACUUGUUCUUUGAAACCGACUUCGAUUACCCUCCUAAAGCCGAACUGGCAACCUUCGAUACACCCUUUGGUCGUUUCGCCGUUUUCACUUGCUUUGACAGUCUGUUUCACGACCCGUCCAUUGAGGUUAUCGAAGAUUACAAUGUAGACUCGGUAGCAUUUCCAACCCUGUGGACAGAGACACCGCCGUUUCUCUACGCUGUCCAAUGGCAGUCCGCCUUUUCGGUGGGCAUGAAGGUCAACUUACUGGCAGCCAAUCACAACAAUGCUGGUGGGAGCGGCAUCUACACACCGACAGGUGUCGCUACAUACGCUGGUAACUAUCAACCGGCUCAACUACUCAUCGCCACGAUUCAUUCCAGGCCAAAUGUUUUCCCGUCGCCGCAGCCGAAACCCACAAUCAGUGCAACACAGUCGACCGGUGUGUACGCAUCAUUGGCUUUUGGAGAUAACUACAAGUUUGUAAAUCUGAGGGAGGGCAGCUCUUCGGCCACAGUCUGUAAUGGCAGACUCUGUUGUCAGGCUAACUACUCCUUUACACAACACGGCGGUGAUAUGUUUGCCUUGGGAGCGUUUUCUGGAGUACACACGACGAUUGCUCGAGCGGGUUUGCAGGUGUGUGUGGUGAUGAAGUGCGUUGGCUGGGGCACACCAUCCUUACCCUGCGGCCAAACCCCGCAUUCGUCAGCUUCCACAUUCAGUCGCCUAGUCCUCACCGGAAACUUCACCACCAACUACGUCUUCCCGGAGGUUCUGGUUAGUUCUGGUGGGACAGAGGAGUUAGCCAGCGGCGAAUGGCAGUACUCUGACAAGGCUCUGUCCAGCGCUCAUGGUUUCUCCAAACCCCUGCUUUCUGCCGUUCUGUUUGGACGUCUCUACAGCGCAGAUUAA